GAUCUAUCGAUAAGUGGAAAUCGAUUAACUGGAAACAGGAUUUUGGUUUUAAUUAUGUGUUCCUAAAACAAGGAAAUCCCAAUUGGAAAUCCACAGUCACCACACAGCCAGAUUUGCAUGUGCCCCCCGAGGAGCAGGAGAUUGCAGCAGCAGGAGUGCGUUUACGACUUUGUUAUCGCCAGCCGCCUGCAGCGACGUCAACAAUAUUGAUACAGUGGCAAUUGGGCUUGGGAUUUCGCAUCAGCAUCCACCAUGAGCUGGUUCGAAAAGGCUAAGACGGUGCUGAUUGAGGCGCUGGACAUCCAGGACGACGACAGCAAGUCUGUGGAGAAGGACUCGCCGACCGCCGGUGUUCCGGGCGAAAGUGGAACACCUGGAAACACCUCAUCCGCGGAGACACAAGGAUCUGUAGCCACGCCCGCAUCGGACACACCCACUUUCUUCGACAAUCCGCAUGCCAACGAGAUGGUUACCAUUCCGCCCACGCCCACUUCCAUUCCGGGGAGCGCCGCCUACGGCAAGCGGCAGUCGGCGACCUCGGAUUCGGUGGAUCUUCUGUCCUCGCCGACGUCACCAAUUUCGGCCAGCGGCGAGGAGCCGUCGGUGGCCAAGCGCUUGUCCGAAUCUUCGCUGGAGCUCAUCACGGCCACCACGGCCAGUGAAAUGGAGAUGUCUCCGGACACGGAGCCCUCGCUGCCGGACAGUAUUGUGAUCAUUGCCAGCAACGACACAUCCGACAACGCCGAGGGCGAUGGCGAGGAUGACGACGACGAGGGCACGCAGCUGGAGCGGCAUAUGGAGGAUCACCUGAAUGACUCCACCAAAACCAUGAAGGCCCUGGUGCUUAGCGAUAUCCAGGCAGCUGGCAACGCCGAUUCCGAUUCCACGCAGAGCUUCGAGGACAUCCAGUUGCAGAUGAGCCACAAGGGCAAGUCGCCCGCCCCGCCCAAGGCAGAAGUGGUAGACCAGAGCUACUCGUCCACAUCGUCGGACAUCGAGAUCAUCUCCAAUCCGAAUGGCGACUCCAGCACCAAUAGUACCACCACGCGCACCAGUCCUCAAAAGUUCAAGGAGCUGGCGGGCGGCAAGGUGGGCCUGAAGGCCAAGGGUCACAAUCGCGAGCCCUCGGAGAUCUCGCUGCUGUCGGAGGACUCGCAAUCGGAGCUGGACAAGCUGGUGCAGCGCAUCAGUGAGCUAAACCAGGUCAUUGAGGCGCGGGAGCAAAGACUACUGCAGUCGGAGCGCCAGAAUGCCGAGCUGCUGGAACGGAAUCAGGAGUUGCGCGCCCGCGUAGAGGCGGCGGCCAAUAGCGCCAACAGUCCGGAUGCGGCGGAUGCAGUGCAGCGUCUGUCGGCGCUGGAGAAGAAGUUCCAGGCCAGCAUACGUGAACGCGAUGCCCUGCGCAUCCAAAUGAAGAGCCUGCGCGAUGAGCUGCAAAACAAGAUACCCAAGGACGAGCUGGCCGAGUGCAACGAGAUGAUCGCCGGCCUGCAGUCCGAGGGCGAGAAGCUGUCCAAGGAGAUCCUGCAGCAGUCGACGAUCAUCAAGAAGCUCCGCGCCAAGGAGAAGACAUCGGACACGUUGUUAAAGAAAAACGGCGAGCAGAUAUCGCUGCUGUCCAGCGAAUCGGAGCGCUUGAAAAAGUCCUUGGCAGCCAAGGAGGAAAUGGAGCGCACUCAGAUCGAAGCGGUUUGCCGGAUGACAGCGGAGAAGAAGCGUGUGGACGAGGAGAAUGCUGAGGGCCGCAGCCGCAUCGAAGAUCUCCAGUCCCGGCUGGCGGCCCUGCAAGCCAGCUUCGAUGGGCUGAAAGGGGAUUUGCAAAAGCGCACGCGCCUCGAGCAGGACAGUCUGCGCGCCGAGCAGCAGGAGUACGUGCAACAGGUGUCGGAUCUGCGCGAGAAACUGCGCCUGGCCGAGCAUAGCCUGGCCAGAAGGGAGCAGCAGAUGCGCGAGGAGAACCGCCAGCUGUUGGGUCGCCUAGAAGCCGCCGAGCUCCGGGCGGAGAGCUCCACGCAAGAGCUGGGUGCCACUACCACGCCCCUGAUCCGACAGAUCGAGUCUCUGCAGCGCACUCUGGAUCAGCGUUCCGCCGGAUGGAACCGCGAGGAGCAGCAGCUGCUCCAGAAGCUGGACGACUCACAGGUGCAGUUGCGCUCGCUGCAGCAGUUGGAAUCCGUGCAGGGCGAGAAGCAGGAGCUGCUACGCACCCGCUGCGGUCUGCUGGAGGAGAAGCUGUCGAGUGCGCUGAUGGAGGCGGAGACCGCCAAGAUGGCACUGCGCCAGCAUGACCUUGAUGCGGGCAACAAGGAGAGCGAUCAUCAGAGGCAACUCAGUUUGCUACAGGACGAGCUUAGGCAGCAGCAGGAGCGGAUUGCGAACCUGGAGCACCAGUGCCAGCAGCAGGCGGAGAACGAGCGGAGCAAACAACAGCCCAGCCUGCUGACCGUGGAGGCAGUGAAGGCCAGCAGUGAGCUGCAGCCACAGCUGCAAAUGCAGCUGCCGAAAUCGCAGGCCCCAUUGCGCUCCUCGCCGCCUCUCAGUCUGGCGGACGACAGUGGUUCGAACGAGGAAGUUCUGGGCGGCAUCAUCGACUGGCAGGCGGACGAUCUCGAUUGCGCUUCCAACUCGGGCCGGCAGCCGUCGGGCAUCAUCCAAGGUGUGCACCUCAGCUUCCUGGCGGCCAACACCAGCACUUUGGAACACCUGCAGGCGCUGCUGAAGCAACGCGAUGGCGAGCUGACCCACCUACAGUGGGAACUAUCUCGCCUGCAGGCGGAACGGGGCGUUCUUGACGGCGAGAUAUCUAACCUGACCAUCGAACUGGAAACGAUGAAGGAGAAGCUGCAAGUCUACGAGGUGAUGGAGAAGGGCUACGAGGACCUACAGCAUCGCUACGACGCCCUGCUUCAGAUGUACGGCGAGAAGGUGGAGCGCACCGAGGAACUGGAGUUGGACCUGACCGAGCUGAAGGCGGCCUAUAAGCUGCAAAUUGACGAGCUGCUGGCCGCCCCGCCGCCCAAUCUGCAACGGCCGUCGAAGCAGACAUGAUUGCCGGAGCGCAGGAUCGUCUCCCUGCCCGAAUUGCCUUGUCUGCGGGGAACGUGGUCACCGUAACGUUUCCCGUUUGCGUCUCCCAUUCCCAGUUGCAAUGUAUUAUGCUUUAUAUACUUAUCGAUUAGCCAAGCGAUCUGGAUCCGGUCUGGGGAAUCCACUUCCACCUCCCCAUACUUCAAACAGCCACCACACACAUGUACAUGCGAGUAAAUUUCUAUGAUUUGCGAACGUUGACACUUUCUAGUUAUAUUAUGAAUUGAUCGAUUGUGAUAAUUUAAUUUAUACUUAUAUAUACAUAAAGUUAUCGUCUAUGACUAUGUACAAAACUGUUUCUGUUCCGAGCAGUUAGCCAGGCGGCUGUGAAGCAGCUCCAACAACCUCUUGCAAAUAAAUAAAAUAUCAUUUAAUACAGA